GUGAGCGUCCUGACCACCCUGGAGCGGAGGUUCAACCUGCAGAGCGCCGACGUGGGCGUGAUCGCCAGCAGCUUCGAGAUCGGGAACCUGGCGCUCAUCCUCUUCGUGAGCUACUUCGGGGCGCGCGGGCACAGGCCGCGCCUCAUCGGCUGCGGCGGUAUCGUCAUGGCCCUGGGCGCGCUGCUGUCGGCGCUGCCCGAGUUCCUGACCCACCAGUACAAGUACGAGGCGGGUGAGAUCCGCUGGGGCGCCGAGGGCCGCGACGUCUGCGCCGCCAACGGCUCGGGCGGCGAUCAGGGCCCCGACCCGGACCUCAUCUGCCGCAGCCGGACCGCCACCAACAUGAUGUACUUGCUGCUCAUUGGGGCCCAGGUGCUCCUGGGCAUCGGUGCUACCCCCGUGCAGCCCCUGGGCGUCUCCUACAUCGACGACCACGUGCGGAGGAAGGACUCCUCGCUCUACAUAGGAAUCCUUUUCACGAUGCUGGUAUUUGGACCAGCCUGUGGAUUUAUCCUAGGCUCUUUCUGUACCAAAAUCUACGUGGAUGCAGUCUUCAUUGACACAAGUAACCUGGACAUCACUCCGGACGACCCCCGCUGGAUCGGAGCCUGGUGGGGCGGCUUUCUGCUCUGCGGUGCCUUACUCUUCUUCUCUUCCCUCUUGAUGUUCGGGUUUCCACAGUCUCUGCCCCCACACUCAGACCCUGCCAUGGAGAGCGAGCAGGCCAUGCUCCCCGAAAGAGAAUAUGAGAGACCCAAGCCCAGCAACGGGGUCCUGAGGCACCCCCUGGAGCCAGACAGCAGCGCCUCCUGCUUCCAGCAGUUGAAAGGUAAAGGCACCUCGAAUGUGGGUGGCCAGAGCAAUGGAGGAGGGCUCGUCUAG